CACAAGACACACCGGAGACACAGAGGAGACACAAGACACACCGGAGACACAGAGGAGACACAAGACACACCGGAGACACACCGGAGACUAAAGACACACGAGCCGAUACACGGUGGAGGCCCCGCUCUGUAGUUGGACUUUUACCGGAACACGAGCCCUCCGCUUCCCGCAGCGCGUCCGUGUGAACUCUGCGUGGAUCCUCCGCAGACCUCCCGUGUACCUGAACUCUUUCCCGGUCCGAACGGAACCAUGCUGCGGCUGGUGCUGCUCCUCCUCCUGGCCGUCUCCGUGUGCACCGAGUCGCAGGUCAGGGAGACGGAGACGUGGAUGCCCAUGAAGACGACACAGACCGCCGCCAUGUCCCCUCACAGCGACGGCCUGGAGUCAUCGGGCGACGCCCACAACGGCUCCGACUUCGGCUUCACGGAGGACGACGAGGACGACGAGGACUACUACGAGGACGAAGAGUCCUCUGGCUCAGGAGACGGAGCAGCGUCCCCGGAGCGAGAGGCCGAACCCUCAGUCGAGCCCGACGCCAACGACAACAAGAUCCCCGAGGCGGAGCUGCCGGUGAGACCAACCGUCCACCAGGGGGAGGAGGACAGCAACGAGAUCCCCCUGGUGAGGAAGGUCCCCGAGACCAGCGAGGAGUACCCCCCCAACGUGCUCAUGGCCCACGCCAGUGAGGACAGCAUCUUCAACAAGACCGAGGUCCUCGCAGCUGUGAUCGCCGGCUGCGCCGUGGGCCUGAUGUUCGCCGUGCUCCUCAUCCUCCUCCUCAUCUACCGCAUGAAGAAGAAGGACGAGGGCAGCUACGACCUGGGGAAGAAGCCCAUCUACAAGAAGGCCCCCACCACAGAGAUCUACGCAUAGACCCUGACCCUACAGCCCCCCCCCCACACACAAACACACACCUCACUCCCUGAAACCUGUUAAUACCUAUCCAGGGCCAGAUCCUCACAGUGCCUCAUCUUCGUCCUCCCUCCUCCUCCCCCUCCUCUUCUGACUGUACAAACCUGGAGAGACGCCCCAACAACCACUGACUCACUGACUCCUGCUGCCUGAUGUCUACUAAUUUCACUGGUGCUCUCUCAACCAAUCACAGGCUGUCUUUAGGACCAGGAGCCCCAGUAGAGGACGGUCUCAGCCUCGGUGUGACGUCCUCUUGUCCCACGUUCUGAUCUGUCCCCACGUCAGAGGACCAACCAGGACUCUGACAGGUUCCACUCGUCUCUCUUCUUCUCUCCUCUUCAGUUGAAAACACUAACACAGUGCAAUGAUGUUUUUUUUUAUCUCUGGUUCACGUUAACUGUCCAGUUAUUUAUUCCCCCCCCCCCCCUUCCUCUCGACCUGAUUCUUGGACUGAAGCUUCUCCCUCGACUGAAGCAAAUGAUUUUUAAUUGUUUUUUGUUUUGUUGUUUUUUCACAAACUCCAUGUGAUGCAGAGAGAUUUAAGACAUUUCAGUUUUUUCUAUUAAACAGAGAAAAGCUCAAGUUUGUAACAUGGCUGUGAAGCUGUGGUUUCGUGUUUCAUCAGAGGGGGCGUGCCUUUACUCCUCGAGGAGCCAAUCACAUGUCCACACGUACUGGCAGGAGGUCGAUGAGAAGGAGAUGAUUCGCUUCACGUCCUGUAAACGUUCAGAUGCUGCAGAGUUUAUUAAAACUAGACUUUGAUAACAGAUUCUUUUUUCUUUAAAGCUUCUGUUCAGUCUCCUCGGGGGGGAAAGUCCCGUCGUCUGGCGUGUAGCUCCUGAUAAGAGAGCUCCACUAAUCAGGAUAAACAAUUAUCAACAAUACUGCAUGACCCAGGUCACACACACACACACAGACACACACACACAGACACACACAGAGUGUCGUCCUCUGCUGCCAGGGUGAACAGCUCUUCAAAAGGAAGAUGUUUUACCACUGUAAUAAUUACCGCUGUGCCUCUGGGGUUGUUUUCUGUUAUGGCGAAGUCAGCCCGGCGAGCUCCUGCAGGAGGACACGCCCACAUUCCUCACACACACUCACAGCCUGGUCAUGUGAUCCCUCUCAUCUCAGUGAUGAACUCACACGUUCACUCCGGUGCCACACUCGUCACUGACACGCGGCGUUGUGUAGCUAACAACCCGUUAGCUUGACUUAGCAUCGAGCUAACAACCCGUUAGCUUGACUUAGCAUCGGGUCAAAGGAAGCGGCCCCCGCGGCCUGGUUCUGUUCCUGAUUCUGCUUCUCGGUACGAAAAGAUCCGGACGAUGAAACGCCCACAAACCUCGUGAAUCAGUUUCCAUGAGCUUUCAGACCACGCUCUGCUUUUAACAUAAAUGAGUCGAUUUCAUCAGAAAAGAUUCGAUCACAUGAGGUAAAAUCUCUGCUCAGUGAUUCACGAGCUUUAAAAUCAGAUUUCAUUUUAUUAACAUUUACACAUGUUUAAUAUUAUGACUUUGAAACGAUCGAAAAUAUGAUUCUCUCGAAAAAAACGUCUUUAGUUUGUUUUCAUCUCGUGAUGGAAUAUCAUUUACAGUAAUCUCCCAGUUGACCUGUACCACCUGUAAAACAGUGACUUGUCAUAAGGUGAAUAUUCGGAGGCAGUUUCCAGGACAGAGCCAGACGAGCGGUUUCCAGUCUUUAUGCUAAGCUACGCUAUCCGUUACCACAAAGCUAACAAGUGUAGAGUCUUCCUGUUACUCUGCCUCUUCAUGUCGGAGCACUGAGGUCCACACAAGCUUGUGGAUUUUUUUCUUCAUGGAUCCAAUAAAUGUUAUUGAUCGUUCAUCCUGUAACUCUGUGAUCGGAGAAACCGGUAGUGUUUUGGUACUUUUGUGAACUCGUGGCGUUGAUGCUUUCUCGAUAAGCUACACCGACAGUGAGUCGUUGGUUUUGUGUUUUCUUUUCGGGGUCUCUGAGCUGAGGCUGAAGCCGUGAACCGGUUCGAUGCUCACGGUUCUGAAGCUGAAGCCGGCGGCACACAGGCUGCCAAGGAUUUGUACAGAGUCAUUAGAUACAAAUGAGAAUCACUUGGUACUCAGCCACAUGCUGGCAACAAGGAAUAUCUACCAAAUAUUUAAAUGCCAAAUUGUUCUUUUCUGUUUGUGUUUUUUCCCCCGACAGUAUCCUGUGAUUUUACUGUAAAUGAGUUUUGAUACUACGAUGCUAAUACUAACUCACCUCCUCUCGUUCGCCCGUGUUUUGAUUCUGCUCCAGUAGAUCCACCUGUUCUUUUUUUUUUUUUUUGUAUUAAUUUAACUGUCAAAUUAUUUUAUUGCCUUCUUUCAGGUUGGGGUGUUUCCCCCUUUUUAAGCUGUUGUAUAUGUGAUUUAAAAAGUUUUAUAUACACUAGUUUGAGAUUUUCAGAAGCAAAUAGUUUUGAAACUUUUUAUUUUGUAAGAGUUUCCAUUAUCUCUUAGACUUUUUUUUGUUCUUGCUUUUGUAUUUAUGUUUGUGUGUUUGUAGAAGGAUUGCUGACGUGGUCGUUGUUCAGGGGAAGUUGUGCCGAGUCAUGUUUCCAGGAGCAGACCUGAGCUGAUUAUCAGUUGGAGCCGAAAUAAAACGGCCACAGAUUUACUAAAUGUUUGGAAAUUCGAGUUUGAUGCUGGUCUUUACCUCAAUGAACCGUUUCAUGAUGUCUGAUCAGUCUGAGUGAUCGGCCUCAGGUCUGCUCGGGAACAUGGAGAGAAAUGUUCUGCUGCUUAUUGUCACAAACAUCACAUGUGAAUCACCAGUGGAGUGAAGACGCCAAUGAAUCAUUGGCUUCUGCUGCAGGUCCUGAUCUAUUGGAAAUAAAGCUAUUUUUAUGCACAUUAACAUUUUAAAA